CCUGCCACCCUCAAUUUGGUGUGUGCCUUGGUGUACUAUAAAAAGGGCAGCUAUUUUGUAGGGUGCUAGACAAAGCAAGGCAAAGGCUUUGUGUCCCCUAUGCUAGAAAGAAAAAUAUCUUAAGAGUGGAAAAGGAGAGAGAUAGACAUGUAAAAAAAGGCCAGACUUAACUGCAUUUGUGAUCUCACAUCAAUUGCCAUCACCAGAGAGAGUUUUCCUCUUGUGAAGCAAUCAAUGUUUUGUUGGCUUGUUGUGGCAUCCUGAUAGUGGCUGCUCCAAGGCACUCUCUCCUUCAGGAACUUUGAUAAGAACAAUAAGGCCUGCCAUAGCCAAAGCUUGCUGCUAGCCAUCACUUUCUCAGAAAAGGUAGUGAAGUGACCAAGCGAUGAAGGUGCUGUUGCUGCAGGUGCCCUGAAGCUCCAGUUUUGAGGCUGUUUUGGUGUAUUUCUCUUCCAAAUCUGUUUACUCGCUGGGAAAUCUCUGCCCCCCACGGUGGGUUUCUCUGGCCUGCGUUUCUUCUUUUACUUUUCUGCUUUGCUCCCACAGCUGUUGCAUCUGUUGCAAGAAAGGGAGCGAAAGAAAACUGCAGCAGCAAGCGAGCGAGCGAGCGAGCGAGCGAUCGAUCAGUUUCUGGCAAGAACAGAGAGAGAGAGAGGCUGUGAGAAAAGAGAAAUGCUAGCAGUGGAGAGACUCGGCUUACUUGGUUCCAGCAAUUAGUUUCUCCUGUGUGAACGAAGCCAGAGGAGGCACCACCAUGCGCUGCUCGCUCCUCCUCCUCUUCCUUUCCCUGCUCUCCCUUUCGGGUCUCGGAUCGUCGCAGCUCUCGGUGGAUUUCUACAACAGGACCUGCCCCGAUGUAGACAAGCUCGUUCACAGCGCGGUCAGCGCGAUGGCCAAUCAGUCCAACGUAGUCACGCCGUCAACACUCCGGCUGCUUGCUCACGAUUGCUUCGUAGAGGGGUGUGACGCAUCAAUUCUCAUAACUUCGACCACCAACAACACCGCCGAGAGGGACGCGACCGAGAACAACAUCCCGCAGCAAGCCUUCGACACCAUAAUUCAGGCCAAGAAAGCCGUGGAGGCUGCCUGCCCGGGCGUGGUCUCCUGUGCCGACAUAGUCGUCAUGGCUGCGCGAGACGCCGUAGUACUGGCUGGAGGCCCGCACUGGGAAGUCACCAAAGGCCGAAGGGAUGGACUGAUAUCCCAAGCUUCCAGAGUUCCUGGCAGAUUACCUGGAGCAGACUUCAACGUUAGCGAGCUAAUAGAAAACUUUGCUGCUGUCAACCUCACCGCUGACGACAUGGUGAUCCUCUCAGGAGCGCAUACUCUUGGAUUUUCUCACUGCAACCAGUUCCGGAGCAGGCUUUACAGUUUUGAUGGAGUAAACGGCAGCAGCGACCCGAGCGUGAACGCGUCUUACAUUGGAUCGCUCAAAGUGAGCUGUCCACCCGGCGAAACUGGACCUGGAAAAUUCACCCCGUUCGAUGUCAGCUCCCCCUUCGUCUUUGACAACUCUUACUACAAGAACUUGCAGAUUGGAAGAGGCCUCCUGUUUGCGGACCAAGUGCUGUUCACCGAUAACACCACCAGGCCGCUGGUGAACGAGAUGGCUGAUUCCCAGGACGACUUCUUCGCGGCGUUUGUACAGGCGAUGACCAAGAUGAGCAACAUAAGCGUCAAGACUGGAAGCGACGGGGAAAUAAGGCAGAGCUGCAGCAGCUUCAACGCCCCACCGAAUUCAACCACACCAACUUGAGCGAAGUCCAAAAACAAAUAAGGUGGAGGAAGAGCACCUACCAUGAAUUUGUAAAUGAAUUUUUGUUCGAAUAGAAUAAGCAUGGCAAUUUACCUCCAGAUCGAAGUCUCACUUUUCAUCUCCAGGACAAGUUUCUAUGCAUGACACAGAAGCUGUCAGUGAUGU